CAUAUUUCUGCGGAAGUAUGUCACUUCCCUUAAAUCAGACUUUACUGCUUCAUUCUCUGCCUUUCCCACCUAAAUCUCCUCCAUAAAUAAUCUCCCAGCAUGCCUUCCUAUGGAUGCCACAUUUCCCAAGCUGGUUGGGACUAAACGGACUAGCUGAAUACUUACUUAGUCGUGUGAGCUAACUUGCUGUGGUGGUGCACACUCCCAUUUUCAAGUCAUUGAUUUUUCAGGUUUGCUUGGCUGGGCUUAAAAUGCAACAUAUGUCCUGUAAGGUGGCCAUGUCUUGUGAAACUUCAACCUUUAACUCUGACCUUAACUUAAUUGGACAUUCCUUAGAAUUCAGGCAUGGUUUUCAAAAGGAUCUGAGGAUUGGGUUAGGCUUGCUCCAUCUUGGGAUUUACCAUAAAACAGUAAACCAGUGUGAAUGGAUUUUAGCUUAGGAAGCAGUUUAUGCCAAGAUUGGAGUAUCGAUUCAGCAAUCAUCAGGCCUUGGUUAUUGUUUUGGCUCUAAUAAGCAGUUUGUGUGCCUUCCAGCAACAACUGGAAAGCUGCAAUUAGGAUAGUGUUAUGGUUGGUAAAACAGGGAUAUGGUAAAAGCGUCAUUGUGACCUCCAGCUGUGUUCUGUGCAGCAAAUAAUCUGACAUAUUUCUCUCUAUGAGGAAGUCUGCUAUGUGGAUACAAUAAACCCCAACAUAGCUUUAAAAUUAGCUUUAGCUUGUGAAUGAUGGAUGUCAAGUAUGGUAGCUCAUUCAAUUCCAACAUAGAAUAUGAGAGAAAUAUAUUUCAAUUAACACCACAGUGGUCUCUUGGGUAGCUUGUAUGGGAGUGUCAAACUAGAGCCCUCUUUGUGUCUUAUGUAAUACCAGCCAUUCCUUCCUGUCUUGAACAAAUAAACUGUCAACCAAGGAAAACAAAUUACUCUGAUUCUACUCUCAUUUUCAGCUUUUUAUGCAGUUUAUGUGACAGUUUUGUGGCUUCCCCUGGAAUUCUGUGUGCUUUCAAAUUAAUGCUUGUGGCAAGUUUGCAGUUCUGUAACAAGACUAAGUAAAGUGCAUUACUGCUUUUCUUUCCUGUUAUGCAUAUCUAGUUGAGUGCUGCUGUCUAUGUUCAUGUUCGACGGAGCACACUCCCUUUUCAGUAACACUCAGAGCAGGUGAUGAUCCUCCCAGUCUUUUAGGGUAGCUUUUGAUGUAUUGUGGGGUGGUGGUUGUGGGGUUUUGUCUUGUUUUUGUUUUAAGUGUGCACAAUCUUUCUCCAGGAUAUGUGAAUGCACGACUGGAGAAGGAAACACCAAUAUUUAACAAGCAAAGGAUUGAUUUUGCUCCUCCAGAGAAGAUUAACAGCUUAGUGGUCUCCUCUAACCAGCUCUGUAUGAGCCUUGGCAAAGACACCCUUCUCAGGAUUGAUCUUGGGAAGCCAGAUGAACCUAAUCAGGUAGAGCUGGGACGCAAAGAUGAAGCCAAAGUUUACAAGAUGUUUUUGGACCACACAGGCUCUCAUCUCCUGAUCGCUCUGAACACCAGUGAAUGCCUUUACCUGAAUAGAAGCGUUCAGAAAGUGCGAGCACUCUCCCGCUGGAAAGGCCACUUGAUUGAAAGUGUGGGCUGGAACAAAUUUCUUGGUUCGGAGACCAACACUGGACCUAUCCUGGUGGGGACAGCCCAGGGGCAGAUCUAUGAGGCUGAAAUCUCUGUCAGUGAAGGAAGCCUCUUCAGCACUAAUCCCGACCAGUACUUCCGACAGGUCUACACUCUGGAGGAGGAAUCGGGACCUGCCCCAGUCUGCUGCUUGGAGAUUGAACGAGGGAUAGAAGGGAAAUUUUUUAUUAUAGCCACCACUCGAAAGAGACUCUUCCAGUUUGUUGGCAAAGUGCCUGAAGGGACAGAGCAGCAAGGCUUCAGCUCCAUAUUUGCUAUGCAUGCUGACCAUUUGCCCAGCUUCCGGGAGUUUCCGGCCAGCUUUGGUUUCAGCGAGAUAGCCUUUUACACCCCAAAACUGCGCUCCAACCCACGCUCCUUUGCCUGGAUGAUGGGAAAUGGUGUUUUAUAUGGUACCUUGGAUUACAGCCGUCCUGAUUCAAUUUUGAGCGAUGAACGGGUCUGGGUUUAUCCUUCGGAUAUUGACAUAACUGUAAACAAGCCAAUAUCCAUUGUACUUACCCAGUUCCACUUCCUGUUGCUGCUGCCUGACCGGGUGAAGGCUGUAUGCACUUUGAAUGGGCAGGUUGUUUUUCAAGAUCUGUUCCUGGAGAAGUUUGGCUUACUGACACGCAUGAUCAAAGAUCCCACAGUCCAGCAGAUAUGGAUCCACACUGAGAAAGUAGUGUUUCGCUACCACGUCCAGCGGGAAUCUAGAGAUGUGUGGAAGAUGUAUAUGAAUAUGAACAAAUUUGAUUUAGCCAAAGAGUAUUGUAAAGACCGUCCAGAGUGCCUAGAUAUUGUGCUGGCAAAAGAGGCAGAGCACUGCUUCCAAAACAAGAGGUAUCUAGACAGUGCCAAAUGUUAUGCACUCACCCAGAACUACUUUGAGGAAAUUGCCCUUAAGUUCAUUGAAGCCAAGCAAGAAGAGGCCCUGAUGGAGUUUCUGAUUAAGAAGCUAAGUAACCUAAAGCCUUCUGAGAAGACACAGACAACUUUGCUGACCACGUGGUUAACAGAGCUGUACCUGAACUGGCUAGGUAUAUUGGAAGGAGAUCCCUCACAGCGAAAUCUCUAUUUGGAUACACGGGAAAAGUUUCGCACUUUCCUGAGCAGUCCUAAAAACAAAGACUGUCUAUUUAAUAACCGGGCAUCUAUUUAUGAGCUGUUGGCAAGCCAUGGGGACACAGAGCACAUGGUCUACUUUGCAGUCAUCAUGCAGGACUAUGAGCGUGUAGUAGCUCACCACUGCCAGCAUGAUGAGUACGAUGAAGCUCUAAAUGUGCUGUCCAGGCACAGAGAUGAGAAGCUGUUCUACAAGUUCUCUCCGGUCCUCAUCCAGCAUAUUCCCAAGAAGGUAGUUGAUGCUUGGAUUUCUAUGGGCUCUAGACUGGAUGCCAGGAACCUCAUUCCAGCCCUUGUUAACUACAGCCAGAGUGCCAGCACCCAGCAGAUCAAUGAAGCCAUUAGAUAUAUGGAGUUCUGUGUCUAUCAGUUGCAGGAAACCCAGCAAGCCAUUCACAACUACCUGUUGUCUCUUUAUGCUUUGUGUCGGCCGGACUCGCUGCUGUCAUACCUGGAGCAAGCAGGAACCAACCCAAACAGGAUCCACUAUGACCUGAAGUAUGCAUUGCGCCUGUGUGCAGAGCACGGGCACCACCAUGCAUGCGUCCAUAUUUACAAAGUGAUGGAAUUAUAUGAGGAGGCUGUGGAUCUCGCCUUACAGGUGGAUGUUGAUCUUGCCAAGUCCUGUGCAGAUCUCCCUGAAGAUGAUGAGGAACUCCGGAAGAAGCUCUGGUUGAAGAUUGCUCGCCAUGUUGUUCAGGAAGAGAAGGAUGUCAAGAAGGCAAUGGCCUGCCUCUCCAGCUGUGCCCUGCUGAAGAUUGAAGAUGUCCUGCCAUUCUUUCCAGACUUUGUCACUAUUGACCAUUUCAAGGAGGCAAUCUGUAACUCCCUGGAGGACUACAACAAGCACAUUGAGGAGCUGAAAAGGGAGAUGGAGGAAGCCACACAGAGCGCCAAGAGAAUCCGAGAGGACAUCCAGGAAAUGAGAAAUAAGUAUGGCUCUGUGGAGCCUCAGGAAAAAUGUGCUGCUUGUGACUUUCCACUUCUAAACCGCCCUUUUUACCUUUUCCUGUGUGGUCACAUGUUUCACUAUGACUGUCUCCUCCAAGCAGUUUUCCCAAACCUUCCUGCCUAUAAGCAGGCAAAACUUGAAGAUCUUCAGAAGAAGCUGGCAGCUACCAGUCAGCCUUCCAAGAGCCACCACCGUCCCAAGGAUGCAGAUAGCAUUAGCUUGGGGAAAGGUCAGCAGAGCCGGGAACAGAUCAAAGCUGACAUUGAUGACAUUGUGGCAGCUGAAUGUGUGUAUUGUGGUGAGCUGAUGAUCCGGUCCAUUGACAAGCCUUUUAUUGAUCCCCAAAAGUAUGAAGAAGAAAUGCAAAGCUGGCUGUAGUUUUCCAAAUCUGCAACUGUCAGUGCACUGGAGUAGUUUUGUUCACAACUUGUGAAGCUUCCAUGGUGGGAAUAUAACCUCCAGAAGCAGGAACACAGUGGCUUCUGUGGAACUCUAAGGAAAGAGUAGUGGGGUCUUGUUAUCAGGAUUACAGUGAACUAGUCUUGAAAAUGGGGAGAUACAGAUAUGGCUGUCUAAGAACUUGAACAGUAGUUAGAGCUAAUCUACUGGAAUUUUUUUUUAGCAGAUAUUUGCUGCUUGCAGUUCUUCUGAGGUUCUCAGUGUGAAGCUAAUGGAGUGCCUUGUUGUCCAGAAGGAAUUAGGAGCAGCCUAUUAUUUGUCUUCCCUGUUGUGUGGUAUUUGUUUUGGUGAAGACGAGCUUUUAAAGGGAAAGGUAGUGAAGAACACUAAGUAGUCUUCAGUCAUCACUGUCAAAGCUAGAAUUGCCUUCUGUUUCCUUUUUGCUGAGAGCUUAUAACUACACACAUGGAAAGAACAUGAAAGGACAAAUGCUGUUGCAUAUAUGUUUUGUAAACAUCAUGCUACACAAAUACAUGUUUCUACACAACGUAAUAUAAAAAUGUGUAUAAUUCUGAAGCAGGAGUGUCUCAUAAUACACCUAAGUCAUUUGCCUGCAAUUCAAGGUGUUUAAUUAUCUUUCCCAUAAGCUUCAUGGACAAGCCCAUACAUCUGAAUUUUCUCUAGGUGCUCUUUGCUUUGUUUCUGGCAAUACUUCGUAGCCUGUUUGCCCCUUCCUCCCUCCCUCCCUCUCUCCAUCCUAUUUCUACUGUGACUGUCUUUGUACAGCAGGUCUUGGUUUUGUCUUCACCCAAAACCAAAAUUGAUAUAUGCAGUAGUAAUGUUUCAACUGAUACUUUGCAAGGAGGAGCACAGCCCAUUUGUAUUGUCCUGCAGUCCUCUUCAAGUUGAACUUGAGCACUAGACUAGAGAUCUAGUCACAGGUUCCCUCAAGGGUAGGCUACAGAAAACUUCAGUUGGUGUGAAA